AUGUUGUGGGAGGUAAAGGCAGUGGCCGCUGUCUCCACAAUUGGCUCUUUAGGAGCAAUUUUGAGUUGUCUCGUGGUUCUUCAUGGAUUGUUCCAAGAAAUGGAUGAGAUGGAAAUUCAGGUCAAUGAAUCGAUUCGUGUCUUCCAAUUCGAAACGGAUCCCGCUUGGCACGACAUGAUGGAUGUGCAAACUUCUGUAGCUCCGCCCUCUCGAGCACCAAAAAAUCCAUUUGAAAGUCAUUUGAAAAAGAAGAGACACACUUAUGGAGGACUUCCAUCUUGGUGUCAAUGUGAGCCGACAAAACCGAUUUGUCCACCGGGACCACCAGGAGCACCUGGUAACCCGGGCUCUCCUGGAACCCCUGGCUCACGAGGAGUACCUGGAGACGACAAUCAUCAAAUCUUCGAACCCAUCAGAUGCCCUGAACCAGAAAGAGACUGUAUCAGAUGUCCAGCAGGGCUACCAGGAUAUCCAGGACGAGAUGGAGCACCCGGACUACCUGGCCCCAAUGGAAAACCAGGAAAUCCAGGAUACAGAGGUGCAGAUGGAAAACCAGGACGACCAGGAGAACAAGGAAAUAGUGGAUUACCAGGGAGACCGGGAGAAGAUGGAAAGCCAGGAUUGCCAGGCCGAGAUGGAAAGAAAGGGAGAGGAUUACCAGGAAGAAUGGGUCGUCCAGGGUAUCCAGGAAAGGAAGGACAACCUGGAAGAGAUGGAAAAUCAGGAAGAAUUGGGCUACCUGGUCCCGCAGGUCCUGAAGGGAAACCAGGAUAUCCUGGAAUGCAGGGACGAAAUGGAACACCUGGAGAACAAGGAUUGCCAGGUGGACCUGGCCCGGAUGCUGGUUAUUGUCAGUGUCCGAAUCGUGGAAAUGUCUACCGUAAUCCGUACCCUUAUCGAUCGAAGGCUAGGCUUCAUAAACAGUAA